AUGCAUUCCUCCUUGAACCGCAUCCAGUCCGUAUUCGGCUUCUUCACUACAGUCGCGCUGGUCGUCAGCGCUCUGGCAGCCGUCUCUGUCCUCUUCUUCCCAGCAGACGAGGCCAAUGCCUCCGUGCAACUGAAGAACGUGCAGGUCGUCAAAGGCCGGCCGCACUACUACUCAACCAAACGCGAAGAAUACGCCCAGCUCCGCUUCGACCUAGACGCCGACCUGAGCCCGCUCUUCAACUGGAACACGAAACAGCUCUUCGUCUAUGUCUACGCUACCUACUCUUCCUCCGAUGUCCCCGGCUCGCAGGUCCGCGCCUCAGAGUCUAUCAUCUGGGACACUAUUAUCCCCGCGACUCCGUCGCCGUAUUCAUGGGAGAUCCUGAAAGACAAGAUCAUUGCGCUUCUUCCUGUGUCCGUUUCGUCUGAUGCUGUGGCUGCUGCGAAAAGGAAUGCUAAGCGCCAUGCUAAGUCGAAGUCGGCUAAGUCGACGAAGAGUAAGAAGGAGGCUCUUGCGCCCGGUGUCCUAAGACUGCGUGGUCAGAAGGGUAAGUACCAGAUCAGUGAUAUUACUGGUCGUCUGGCGCAGCGUCAGAAUGUUACCCUUCAUGUUGGGUGGAAUGUCCAGCCUUGGGUUGGUGCUUUGAUGUGGGCGCCUGGUACGGGUGCGGUGCCGAGGACUGGGGGGACGAUUGUUAGCAGUGAGCCUUUCGAUUUCCCUGAGGUGAAGGAUACCAAGAAGGCUGCUGCUGAGAAGAGGGCUAAGGAGGCGGAGAAGGUGGAGAAGACGAGUGUAUAG